CAAACCCAACCUCGAGGCCACAAAUCAUUCCACAAUGUCCGCACAAUCCCCCAAGCGCUCCACGCAGCCAAUGCAGCCCAACCAGGCCACGGCCUCACAAAUCCACGCUGACCAAGGCCCCUCCAAACGCAAGGCAAUGGAACAACCUCAAGACGGCCGGCGCCCAGCACUACCCGGUACUCUUCCCUUCAUGUGGAACCUACCUACCACACCUUCUCUCCCCAUCUUCAACGCCGACUCGACUCCCGUCAUGUCUGAUGACGAGUAUGAACACGAACUUGAGCUCGAGAACGACGAGAUCAUAGACGAACUUCAAGAGGCCCAGGAGCAGCUGCAUGAAGCAAAGAAGAAGAUUGCUGCCCUUGAGAAACGUUUGAGGACCUACCAAGUCAUUGUUCUCCUGAUGGACUACAAGACCACAGAAAUUGCCGAGGAGUCUGGAAACGAAAAGAGUACACCUGAGCGUGAGGCGGAGGCUCUCAGGGCCAUGUACGAAGAAAAAGAAGAGGACAACCACAAGGACGAUGACGAGGACAAGAUUGAGACCUUUCGUGCGGUCUUUAAGGAUAUCGAAUGGGCAGUGGAGGAACAUCACAGACUCGUGGAUCAGGCCCUUAAGGAGAUUGAGAGUGGGCGCACUGGACCGGCGGGCAGAUCUGCUGGCUACAAGCCAGGGCAACUUCCCCUGUAUAUAUUGGACAAGUCUCAUUGCACUCUUGGGGUCGAUGUUGAUGUGCUGAAGGACCUCUUUGAAGAGAUUGUGGAGCAGGUAGGGCUUAGGGAGUAGUUUGUCAUGCUAUGGUCUGGCCUGUGUUUCUGGAAGAGAAGGUCUGCUGUUAGAGGCAUCAAAACACCUCGACAAGUUGAAAUGCUUGUUGGUCACUCGUUC